AUGGCUCAUAAGGAGGCUCAAAAGGAAGAGGCUGAUAAGGAUGCUGCCUGCAGCAGUGCCUGGUUUGACUGGGCAUCCAAAGGUGAAGAUUCACCCUAUCCCCCUGUAUAUGGAGGCCUGGAAUGCAAUGACUUUCUAGGCAUUUCACAGCAAUGCUGGGAGAGUGUGGCUACCGCUGUGUUAGCCCUGCUGGCAUUGUUGUAUGCCUACCCUCGUUUAAGGCUACCAGGAGCAUGUUCUUGUGGUUAUCAAAGGCAGGAGCCAGCGGGUAAAGGGAUUCUUCUGCUGUUGCUGUGUUUAGCGUUUGGAAUAGAAGUUGGAGUCAAACUGGCUACCCGUCGAAUGUUCUGGAUUGGUAAACCUGGCCAUUUGGCUACAAUGUUGCAGAUCUUUAUCCUGGCAGCCCCACCAAACAGGAUCGUAACAGCUGCCUUCAGAUUACAGAUGCAUAUGCUAGUUGGUAUCCCACUUGUUGUGUUCUUCCCUAUCACCAGCAUGCAUUUGUCUCUGUUUGAAAGUGGGAUAAACUUUAUUCAACACUUGUUGAUGUUGGGAAUUACAUUUUAUCUAAUGCACUAUGGUGAUCCGUACAUUCCAGAGAGUCUAGGAGACUUCAGCUGGGCAUUCAUGGCCUAUGUGUUUCUAUUCGUGUACCAUUUCCUGCCUCUCCAGUUGCUGGCUUAUGUUUCUCAAGUAAACCUAAACAACAUUUUGUAUCCAGAUUCAUUAGAAGGAAACCAAAGCAAAUUCUAUCGCCUGAUGGUUUUCUGUCAUCAGCUAAUAUUAAUCCCAACCUUUGGCAAACUGCUGGUGAUAAUUGCCAACACAUUUAGGAUCCUUCCAUGCAGUAAUCCGCUAGAUGCUUCAGAGGAGUGCACAACUUGCUGCAAGCUAAAACUUCACUGCAAAUGCAGUUGCUGCUCAGCAGACACUUGGAAGCGAGGCUCAGCUUCAGGAAGCGGUGACGAUUGCAACACGGAUGAAGACAGCGGUUGUGUCCACUCCUGGAGCAUGUUAAACAAGGGCUGCAGAAGGUGUUCUUCAAGGAACACGCGUAGCACUUACUGCAGCGGCUACCGGCCUUCGUGUCACAGGUUCUGUCCCCAGAGAAGUUGCAUGAAUGAUCACAAGGAGUUCACAUGGGGCUGCAGUUUGGACAGUGUUCCUACCAGAUGCAUUGUUAACGGUAAGCUGGUUGACGGAGUGAAGAUGGACGAAGCAUCGUGCAAACGAAGCAGUGGAGAUAAAUCCAGUAACACCCAAAGAAAAUCACCACCGCCGGGGAAUGGCAAGAGCUCUGUAUGCCGCAGUUUUCUUUUGGAUGACAUGCUAGAUUCCAGCCCUGAGGGGUCAGUAGCCAGAACUGUGCCUGCUUCAGAACACGACCCAUCACGCAGUUAUGUAAAGUCACAUUAA